AUGUUUCUUUCAUCCAAUCCAGGUAUUUAUCUGGAGACCCACAAGAAUACGACCGAUCCAGACAACCCAGGAUCCAUCGGCGUAGGCAAGAACGUUGGAAGACGCAUUGCAGCUAAGCAAUCGAUACAUAACAAGGAGACAAACGGCAUGCGUGGUCUUGCACUCGCGCGACCUGGUGCCAGCUACAAUGUUGUUAUCAUUGGACGAUAUCCCGUCGACCUACCGGCUGAAGAUACGGCCUACCACCUUGCCAUCGGUGAGACAUGGACCUCAGUCAUGUUUCAGACCCUCUGCUGUAAGCAGCUACUCCUGUUCCUGUCUCCAAGUCAGCUGCUCAACGACAACUGGGGUCUCAACGUAUCCCUCCCACUCCGCGAAGCCGACAGACACCUCGCUCAGUACUUGAGAAAGAGCAAGCUCUCCCGAGAGGAGAAACGUCUGCGCAAGAAAGAGGCACGCAGCCUAGGUGGAAGACACAUCGCUGAGAUCCGGGCAUCGGCAACUGACGAGCCCCUGACCUUAGCAUAUCUGGCUGUAGUCGAUCAGCGCAUCAAUGCGUCCACUAUCACGCGACGCGACAGCUCCUCUUUCUUCGUAGGUGGCUUUGCGCGCGACCCUAUAACAGUCUCUAAGCGAGUUGUACGGAUCGCCUGCAAGCGCGGCGACACGGAGACAGACGACGUGCGCCCAACGUAUGAGACAUCGACAGGCGCCUAUGUUGUGUCUGCUGGCAAAGAACGCUACAAAUGCAUGAAAAAGGCAUUAAAGCCUGUCGACCCGGCCAUUACCUACCUCACGAACGAUGGCGAAAGCCGGGAAACUAUCUGUGCAAUCUUACGCCCCACGAAGAGCCAAGCACAGACGGCAUGGAACUUGAGAUACACCGAGAAAAUGGUCUGGACAUCCGCGAAGCUCACAGAGCUUACGAAGUUCAAGAACGAAGGCCACGAUGCCGCAGAAACUGCAUACCGGAUGCAGACCAAGACUGAAGUCAUCCGCAACAAGCUCCCCCAGUUGUUCCGCCCACAGAACAUAAAGGCGGACCGAAGAAGACGACCGUACCUUGUUGGACGUUAA